AUGACCGGAAGUCGAGCCCUAACCACCACAGCGGUCGCCCAACCAAGAUCCUGCAUCCUGCGUCAUUUCGAGGAUGGCAAGGAGGCAGAAGGAAAGAAGCACCUGGCUGGCAAUAACGUUCUCUGGGGAAGGCGGCGCCAAGUCUCUACUCUCUCUGGUCUCCUGAGCAUGGGCUUCGUGAUCGCCGUGCAGCUGUUGGUGGUCUUCCUUUGCAGCUGCCUUCACGACUAUGGCGGGUCGAUACAACAAGGAGUCCUGGGACUGCUGUCAUCGCUGCCUGAUUUAACCCCAUCGGAGCUUUUGCAAAUGUACAUCUCUCGAUUUGAUUCUUGGUCUACACUUGGAUGCGCUGCCUGGGUCGGUCUCCAGGCCCUUCUGUACUCUAUUCUCCCCGGGAAGAUUGUGCACGGGCCUCCGACACCGGGGGGGAACAUCCUGCCGUAUCGAAUGAACGGCCUGCUUUCAUGGAGCACUACACUGGGUAUAAUGGUCAUAGCGUGGUAUGUCGGUGGUGUGGACGUCGUUUCUAGCGCCGCCAGGAAUUGGAAGGCUGUGCUUGCGGCGGCAAACAUGUACGGAUUACUGGUGUCACUGUUCAUGUUGGUCAAGGGCUACUACACGCCAAGCUAUCCGGAAGAUCGGAGGUUCAGCUCCUCCAUCUGUCACGACUUUCUGUCCGGGGUUGAACUGAACCCACGGCUGGGCAGAUACUGGGACUUGAAACAGUUCCAAAUUGCUCGGCUGGGAAUGAACUCAUGGCUCAUUGUUGACCUUUCGUUCGUGGCAUUACAGUAUCAACGCUUCGGGGCCAUUUCCAACUCGAUGUAUAUCGUGGUUCUCCUGCAUGUCAUUUACCUUGUCGAUUUCUUCAUCAACGAGGACUGGUACCUGGCUACGAUCGAUAUCGCCCACGACCACUUUGGCUUUUCCUUGGGUUGGGGCCCUGUCGCCUGGCUACCGAUGGUCUACACCUCGCAGGCCCAAUACCUUGCCCUACAUCCUGUGCACCUAUCGCCUGGCCUCUUCUGCAUCAUCCUGGGCACUGGCCUUUUUGGCUAUUGGCUCUUUCGUCUAGCAAAUCACGAGAAGCACCUUAUCCGGCAGACGAAGGGUCAGUGCCUGAUUGCUGGCAAGAAGCCGCGAGUCAUUCAAAGCAAGUAUGUCACUGCAAAGGGGGAUGUACAUGAGUCUCUCCUGCUGUGUUCCGGUAUGUAA